CUCUGUCUGCCUGAAUUAUUGCUCACUGCUCAGCCGACAUGGAAUUAUCUCUGAUCCCAGGUGCCAGCAUUUAAUGAUUUGGGUGAGCGAAUUACCGCUCUUCCGUAUAUACUCAAGAAAUCCAGACGUCGAGAAUCCGAUCAAGGCUGUAGGGUGCAAGGAGGGAGAAGUCCCCUCUUGAAUGACAGAAUCGUCGUCUGAUGGUCUAUAAUCUCCAUGCGCACCGACUGUCUUAUUCGGAGACUAUACCAUCGAGCCAUAGCAGAGCCCACCAGACUAAGAUCUCCAACUUCGACAAGACCAUCAAGCUUUGCUAUCACCAUGGCUUCCAUUGCCACCCAGCCAACAACCCCAUCCAAGCAAACGCAUUCAGGGCAUCAACCAGUCCAAGCAGCAUCGGGGAGGAUGCCCUCGAAUGACAAACCGGCAAAAUCUCAAAGCAACAAGCGUCCCACGCACUUUGUCUGCUUCCCGCUAGUGAGCGACGAGUCAGUAUCACAGCUCUCUCAGUCCCUGGCGUACUUCAGAUCAGUCACCACGCCGUUGCCUUCUGCAGAUCGGGAUGCGACUCCCGAGAGAGACGUCGAGCAAUCUCGUAGCCAAAAACGGGGGCAGGAUGCGGAUCAAGCAGUGAGAAUCAUCCCAGAUCCGGCGCAUCGUCCGCCUGGGACGUUCCACCUGACACUCGGGGUCAUGCACCUUGCCACCGCGAAAGACUUGGAAAACGCGGCGGCGUUGCUGCAGAAGAUUGACUACCUGGAAUUGCUUAGGCGAGCGGAGUCCGGGGAAGGGGACGAUGCGCAGAAGGCUGUGCGAGGGAGAAGGAAUAAGGGAGGGCCGAGAGGUGCAGCAAGCGGAGACGUCGACGAACAAACCCCGGAUAAGGAGACGCGAUCUAAAGGGCAAGAGGAGGUCGGAGGUCUCCCAGCUGGAGAAGUCCAACCGUCCCAAAGCAAUGUGGCCCAACAUGAUGCCAGAAGUCUGCCGCCCGUUGACGAAGAUCAGGCUGGUUCCCAGGACCUACGGCAGCCCACAAGCCCACAGCCAAUGCCAGAUCCCCCGAACCACCACGCAGAAGAAAAGGGAAAGCCGCGAGAGACAGCGAAAGACGUUGGAGCGAUGCUGUCUUCCCCCCUACAAACACUCCAAUCCCUGACCCGAGAAGUCUCGCCACCGCGGGUCCCUGCACCGUCGACGUUGCCUGAAGACGACUCUGGAGAUCCCGAACUCCCACAACCGCUAACCAUAUCCCUCUCCGCCCUGGGCACGUUUCCCUCCGCCCGCUCGGCCCGCGUCUUUUUCGCGCAUCCCCACGACCCGAGCUCUCGCCUGCACAGAUUCGGCAACCUGGUGCGCGAUGUCUUCCGGGAAGCCGGGCUCAUCACGGAGACGAGACCCUUGGUUCUGCACGCCACAGUCGCGAAUAUGAUCUACGUGAAGAGCAGCGGAGGGAAAGGCCGAGGGAGGGGAGGGAAAUGGAAAGGAAAGGCCAAAGGUGGCGACGACGGGAAUGUGGACGCAAGGGAGAUUCUGAGGCGGUUUAACCAUGGCCCAGACGCGGGCACGAGCCAAGCCGGAGCAUCAUCCUCGUCACCAUCAAAUGCUCAUACUGAUACUCACGAAUCGACCCGUAACGGGAGGAAGGAGAAUGAACCACCACCAGCAGCAGCAGCAACUCCGAAGCCUACGAGCACUGCCGAAAACAAUCCUCAUGGGAGCGAUGUGCUGGAAACCGAAACCGAACAGAACCCGCAAGCCCCUUUUAUAUGGGCCAGGGACAUCACGAUCCGUAGCGUCCGCAUCUGCAAGAUGGGCGCCGAGCCCUCGGCCACCCCGGGCUGGGGGCUCGAGUAUCGCCCCGUCGCGGAGAAAAUGUUUAUGCCCUGAGGACUCGGGCCUCUGGGGGGAGAAGGCAAGGGUGGGACGGGAUAUCUGGACAUGUACAAUAACGACAACGAGAAUCCGCAGCUAGGAACCAUCUUGUGGAGAGGUGCGAUGAUAUUUAAGCAUGA